AUGGACGACAAGCAGCCAGACUUGACUCAACGGUUGCGACUGCUUGAGCAGAUCCUGGGGGAGUCAUGCCGUGUUACUGAUGAGCCAGCUGAGUGGGAAGCACAUGAGAAAAAUCUUGAGAAAAAGAAUGAAGAUACGAAAACGCCCCAAGAAGUGUCCAACAUUGGCGACCAUCUGUUGUCUGAAGAACUGAGCAAUGUUGAAUACUCAGUUCUGAACCCUCCAGCUGACCUAUACAAUGAGCGAGAGCCUGGGACACAAGGGGAAAAUGAUUUGGUUUACUGCUCCUGGCAAACCAUUACCUCAUAUACCGAGCAUUUUAUUGGGAAAACAAAUCGAACCAAGGCUCUACCGUUCUUUGAGAAAAUACUGAACUCUACAAAAUGGGACUUUUACUAUGUCCACGAUUUCCUCAAGCCAAAGGAGCCAGCACAUCUACUUGUCCCGACCUCGCAAUUGGAAUACUUCCUAGCCUCAAUCAACGCAGUCCUCGACACCAAGCUACGAAUCCCUUCUGGGCCACAUAGAAAGAUCUUUUUCUUGAAAUUUCCCUUUGAAGAUAUCAGCAGACCGCGAUACUUGCUAUGCCAUCGACCAGCCAAGGUUGAAGACGAAGCUGCCAAUGACGAUGCGGCUGAUGCGGACGCCGAGUUUCUCAACAACCCCCAUCAGUGGCCUGUAAUCGCCAAGGCUGAUGUCGAUAGCUUCCACGAAAGCUCAGCGGAAUCAAAAGAAGCCUGGAUGUCUGUUAUGGAGCUCCUUAAAGUUGAGCUUAACAAGCACAAGGCAGACGCGGAAGAACGACGAAAGAAGCGCAAAGAGAGAGAUGCGACAGAGCUACAAAAAAUUGCGAAAGUGUUGGCAGACACCAACACGGUCUUCAUAGCCAUUGACUUUGAAGCUAUUGAGGUCUCGCCGCAUCCUAUAUCAGAAGUCGGCAUCUCAAUUGUAGAUCCAAGAGAGCUGCAGACCACGAAUCCCGGUGAUAAGGGUGAGAACUGGUGGCCUCUGAUCAAGGCCCAUCACUUGCGCAUCCAUGAAUAUGCGGGGUUGCGAAAUUACCGCCAUGUCCAGGGAUGGCCCGAGAAUUUUAUUUUUGGUGACAGUGUGAUCGUCCCCAAGGCUGAAGUUGCAGCUGCUAUCCUCAACAUCUUUGAACCAUAUACUUCAACUGAGCGUACCAUUACUCUCGUUGGCCAUGAUCUCGGCCAGGAUACACGGUAUCUCUACAAAGUUGGCAUUGACCUCGAGAAACUCGCAAGCUCCAUCGACCAAGUUGAUACUCAGCGUCUCCACAAGGCAUGGAAGGAUUUGGAUCAACAGAGAAGUCUGGGGAGAGUGCUCGAUGACCUUGAGCUCUCGUACGAGUAUUUGCAUAAUGCGGGCAACGAUGCCAUGUAUACCCUGCGCGCCAUGUUGGCCAUUGCAGUUGCUGUUGGGAAAGGUACAAGCGAGAAAGACGACGAAAGUAUUGAGAAGAGUUCAAGCCCAUCUGAGGGCCAAGUUUGA